UAGAAGGCUGACCAAUUAUUCACACCGCCAUUAGCACAAUUAUAGUUUUUUUUUUGCUAAAUAUUAGCACAUUAAUAGUUGUACAUGUAUAUAUAUAAUUCAUACGUGACUACAAGUAUACGAAAAUAUAAUAAUAAUAAUAAUAAUAAUAAUAUCUCUAUAUAUUUAUUAAACGAUUCGAGGAAUCUCAAGCAUUAUUAUUGAUUAAGCGCUGUCUUUGUUCAGCUCUCCACUUUCUUCCUCCCCUUUUUAUAUUCUCAUUCUUCUCUUUUCCACUCACAACUCACAACUCAAGCUCUAACUCUCUCUGUCUAAGCACAACUCUCCCUUACAUCUCUCUCUCUCCCCUCUGUGUUUUCUUUCUCUGUUUUCUCAUACGAAAAUGGGUUCAUCUGGGCUUCGAGUUUUCAUCAUCUUGGCUCUAUUGGCCACCUCAUGCAUGGCCCAAGCCCCAUCAUCACCACCAACAGCCUCACCACCAACCGCCACACCACCAACAGCCACACCCCCCACCGCAACUCCUCCCACCGCCACCCCACCCACUGCUUCACCACCCACCGCCUCACCUCCACCAGCACCAGUUGCCUCACCACCUGCCCCAACCCCAGCCCCAACCCCAACCGCUGCCCCAACUCCCAGCUCGGCUGCUCCAGCCCCCAGCUCCAACUCACCAGCUUCAUCUCCUGGUCCCGACGCUUCUUCACCAUCAGCUCCCACUCCUUCCGGCUCACCAGCCGGUGCUCCCUCUGCUGACUCUCCAGCUUCCGACUCACCCAACGCCGCUUCUACCUGGGCUAGCCGAGCCGUUCUCGUUGGUACCGCUCUUGCCGGUACAUUCGUUGCUGUUGCUUUGGCUUAGAAUGGAUUUCUUCCACGUGAGAGAUUUAUUGGCGUUUAGAUCUAUGAUGGGAUUGGACGGUUGAGAUCUAUUUAUUUUAUUUGUCUAUUUUUUUUUCGGGGUUAAUUAUUAUUCUCUUUUUCAUUUUUUUUUUACUUUCUCUGUUGUGUUUGUUCAUUCUAUUUCUUCUACAUUAUUUGGGCUUGAAUGAUUUGAGUGGAGAGGUGGAAUUUUGGGAUGGGGAAGACUACGCUCUAUGAUUCAUUUGUUUUGCUGUCGACACGUGUAUUGAUUUUUAUGUAGAUGAGUCUGAUGUAAAUCUAAUAAUAGUUGAAUAAAACAGUUUUUCAUUCUU